AUGUGGACUGGCAGCGGCAAAACGACCAGCACUGAAAGGUCAUUGACGCUUUAUGUGACCAAUAUCCCGGAUGGCACGACCGCGGCAGAUGUAUCAGACCUGUUCUCCAAAGACGAGGGCUUCUGUGGCCUGAGGGCAGUUGGAGGUUCGCGCAAGAUGGCCUUUGUGGACUUCGGGUCCGAGGUACAGGCUACGCAGUCCAUGAGGCGCCAUCAAGGACAUUGCUUCCAGGGUUCCAAGGAGGGGCUGAUGAUUGAUUUCGACCAUGACAAGCGCACGAAGCGCAGCCGGGCCAUUGAGAAGCCCUGGGACGCCGCUUCCUUCAAUCGCGCCUCUGCCAGGUCUUCCUGCCCUGCAGGUUGGGGUCGGGGCAGCCGGGGUACAAAGAGAGGGCGCGGCCGAGGUGAGCAUGGACGGCGGCUCCCUAGCCGAGAACGUGAGGCGGCAAUGUUCCGACGAGAGCGGGCAGGACACAAGCCUGCCCCGUGCGACCUGGUCGCCGAGCCGCCGCCCAAAACGGUCAAGCGUCCACCCUCCUACCUCACCUUGCGCAAGGUGGACCAGGGAGCCGCGGAGGAUCUUGCGACCAAGCAGAUCGAAACCCCUGAAGCCAACAAUCACAACGCUCUGGUAGAGUACAGCUCAAGUGAGGACGAGGAGACGGCUGGUCAUUCUGGCCCGGCCUGGUCGACAGCAGAGAAAGACCAGUCUGAUGGUGCGGAAAAGGUGAAAAAUCUCCGAAAGGCCGGCGUCAUUGCGUCUGAGUCCGUGGAGCGUGCCAUGCUCGCAGUGGAUCGAGGCAACUAUGCGCCCAAGAACCCCUACACCGACGCUCCGCAGCCGAUCGGCUUCCAGGCCACAAUCAGCGCACCGCACAUGCACGCCCACGCCUUGGAACUGCUGGCCAAGCACCUCCAACCUGGCAUGAGAGCCUUGGACGUUGGCAGCGGUAGCGGAUACUUGGCAGCAGUCAUGGCGCGAAUGGUGGGUGCCGAAGAGAAGGAAGGUGGGAAGGUGAUCGGCAUUGACUACCUCUCCCCCCUCGUAGAGCUUGCCGUCGAGAACGUCAUGAAGGCAGAUGCAGACUUGCUGCAGAGUGGACUUCUUCAGCUAGAGCAAGGGGACGGAUGGCAAGGGUACGAGAAGGCCAUGCCCUUCGACUGUAUCCACGUGGGAGCAGCGGCCGAGUCUGUCCCCGAGGCUUUGCUCGAGCAGCUGAAGCCGGGCGGUCGCAUGGUGAUCCCUGUUGGUACCACAUCGCAGCAGUUCUGUCAGAUUGACCGCCUCCCGAACGGCAACUUCGAGCAGAAAAGCUUGAUGGGAGUCAUGUAUGUGCCCUUGGUACACCCUCUGCCCCGGAAAUGA